GCAGCUCAGUAUUUCCAGCUCAAACCAAUGAUGGCCAAGUAGCAAUCUUUCCUUGGCAGCUGUGGCAGUGUUGUCCUCACCAGCCCAUUCCUGCAGGAGCUUACUGUGGGAACACCAACAGGCGAGUGGCAGAGUUGCUUGUGCCCCCAGUAGAGAUGUGUGACUGCAGCAUUUCAGGCGGAGCAGCGAUGCUGAGCGGAGCAGAGUUUGGGUAGUGUUCCCCAUCAUGGUGCCAGCUCCAAGGCUAGCACGAGCCUGUGGGAGUCUCAGGCCAGAAGCCAGGAUUCGGUUCCACUCCCAGAAAAGUCAACGAAACCCAUUUGAAGUAGAAUGAUUUCAUCCUGUACUGCAUGCUGAGUGACUUGCCAACAUUACUAUUAAUAGCGUGGGUUUAUCCCAGGUACAAGCUAAUGGAGUGCAAAGCUACAACAUUUCUGUGUAGGUGAUUAGUGGAGCAUGCAACCAUGAGAUGCUGAAUCUGUCAUGUGGGAAGGAUUUCGCAUGGCUUCAGAGUGUGAGUAGCUUUAGGAACUUCCUAAAUACUUCUCUAUUUAAUAAAUCUUUUCUCUAUGGUGUUACUCUCAACAUUAGCUAAUUCCCAACCACGCUGAAAGAAAAUCCCCAUCUAAAACGAAGUGGUAGCUAAAAUCUGGUCACCCUGUAAAGGACCUUAGGAACUGAGCUGUCACUAGUGUCUUUUACCUGGUAAGUAUUUAAGAUAGCAAGGUGCUGAAAAAUGACACAAGCUAGAAGGAAAGGGCUGGUGUCAUGAUGUGCUGAGAAAGUUAAAUGUCAUUGUGGGGUUCUGUCUCUGUGCAGUGUUUCUUUUCCCUGUCCCCUUCCCUUAAUCUGUUUUCCUUAAACCACAAAACUUUAAUUUUCUAUUUCACAGAAGAGCAGCGCAAAUACUGAAAUAAUCUCUAGAGAUGUUCUGCAGAUAUUUUUGCUUCUUCAGUCUGUGGCUUUUCCUCCCAACCCAAAGGAGGUACUCGCUGGGUCAUGUAUCCAACCCGGGCGGCAGCGACACGACAUCCCUCCCUGGAUUUGAGAACCUCACCGUGGGAUACAACAAAUAUCUCAGGCCCUACUUUGGUGGAGAACCUGUUCAAAUCGCAAUGAGCCUGGACAUUGCCAGUAUUUCUAGUAUAUCUGAGAGUGACAUGGAUUAUACAGCUACUAUAUAUUUGCGGCAGCGCUGGACAGAUCCCCGGUUAGUCUUUCAUGGUAACAAGAGCUUCACGCUGGAUGCCCGUCUAGUGGAAUUGCUCUGGGUACCGGACACGUACAUCGUGGAGUCAAAAAGGUCCUUCCUGCAUGAUGUCACUGUGGGCAACCGCCUCAUAAGAUUGUUCUCUAACGGUACCAUCCUGUAUGCCUUAAGAAUCACUACUACUGUUGCUUGUAACAUGGACCUGUCAAAAUAUCCUAUGGACACACAAACAUGCAAACUGCAGUUAGAGAGCUGGGGAUAUGAUGAAAAUGAUGUCAUCUUUACAUGGCUGAGAGGAAACGACUCUGUCCAUGGCAUAGAAAGGCUGCGGCUCUCUCAGUACACAGUGGAACGUUACUACACCCUGGUCUCGAAGUCACAGCAGGAGACAGGCAGUUACCCACGACUGAUCCUGCAGUUUGAGCUGAGAAGAAACAUCCUUUAUUUCAUUUUGGAGACCUAUGUGCCAUCUACUCUACUUGUCAUGUUGUCCUGGGUUUCUUUUUGGAUCACCCUGGAUUCAGUGCCUGCCCGGACCUGCAUUGGUGUAACAACAGUGCUUUCCAUGACAACUCUGAUGAUCGGCUCACGAAGUUCACUCUCAAAAACCAACUGCUUCAUUAAGGCCAUUGAUGUUUACCUUGGCAUCUGCUUCAGCUUCAUCUUUGGUGCCCUCGUGGAAUAUGCAGUGGCUCACUACAGCUCCUCACAGAAAUGUACAGCUAAAACACCUCAGGAGGGGCCUGCAAAUGAACUUACUAAAGAAAUGGAAGAAGUCAACAUCGCUAACAUCUUCAACAGCUCCAUUGCCAGCUACAAACAGAAAAUCGGUUUUACGAGUAUUCAGAUUUCAAGUGACAAUAUUAACUGCAGUGACUUGACCAUGAAAACUCAUGAGAAAAUCAAACGUGUCUUGAGAAACAAAAUGCACAGAAUUAUCAGUUAUUUCACAAUUCAGAACCCCAGCAAUGUAGACCACUACUCCAAAUUGCUUUUUCCAUUGUUUUUUAUGUUGGUCAAUGUGUUUUAUUGGGCUUAUUAUUUAUAUUUUUAGUAGAAACAGAUUGCAUUGUUCUC